AGAAACUGUGAAUCAGUAGAAAAAAUGAAAGAGGCUAUAUGGGCUACCUAUUAUCACUAUAGCUCUACAGAUACAAAACCUCAGCACGAUAACUGCCCAAAAGGUCCAGACUCUUGGUGCGCUUGGCAACGAGCAUCAGCUACAAAUACUCUUUCAUCAUUUAAACAUGAGUAUACUCCAUUACCAGAUGAAGUUUUGAUUGCUAUGAAACCAAUAUAUGAUGAUCUCAGUAAGGAUGAGCUUCUUGAACGGUGUGUUGGUGGUUUCACACAAAAUAACAACGAGAGCUUCAACCAGUUGAUCUGGAAAAUUACUCCAAAAAUACUUCCUGCUGGUUCAAAGAUUGUUAAUAUUGCGGCAUUGGUCGCUGCUUGUAUCUUCAAUGAAGGAACAUCAGCUUUAUUAUUGAUUAUGCACGGUAUGGAUUUAAAAUUAGGCCGAAACUCCCACGAAUAUGCCCGAAUUUCGGAUGAAAACCGUGUAUGCGCAGCCGAAAAAAAAUCUGCGAGCGAGACUCGCGAAGCCAGAAUCCGUCAUCGACAGGAGCAAAAGAAUGCCCUGGACAUUGCAACUGCUGCAGGAUCUUUACUUUAUGGCCCAGGAAUCGACGAUUCACUAUGAUUUUGUCAGGAGUUAUGCUGACAACGCAGACGCACCUUUUUUCCGAGGGGUCACCGGAAAUGACGUCACAAUGGAGGAGUUUUGAUUUUUUUUUUUUGAAAAUUUUAGAAAUUAUUCUUUAAAUAU